GCGUGUUGCGAUAAUUUUUUUGACCAAUGUAUAUAUUUAAAUGUGUAAAUUUUCAUAAGAAAUAUGUAUCAAAGCGUUUUUGUUUUUCAUAUUACAUCUAACAAUUAGAGCUUUAUAUUCGUCAAUCAAAGAUUCAUUAUUAUUAUUAUUAUAGCCUAAAACAGAUCUCUUCUCAUCUCAGAGAUCUCAUCUCAGUGUGGAUCCUUUAGCGCCAUUAGAAAACAUGUAUAAAUAUUAUAUGUAGGUUCAAAGGAGAAAUCAUUAUAUUCUUGUCUGUAUUUGUUGAUAAGUUCUUUAGUAAAAUAUAAAUGACAAAUUAGGAAACUCAAAGCUUAUAGAAAAUAUGAAUACAUUUUGAUUAAAUAUCGUGUACAAUGUACCGUGUACCGUGUAGAAAUACAAACAUUUACAUAACUGGUUCCGGUAAUAGAUCCGCAUCGCUUCAAUGUCGACGAUUCAUCCUUUCUAGUAGUUUUAAUUCUUCUCUCGAACGAAUACCAUUGUAUAUAUAUUCUCUGCGCGUUUUUUUCGAACGUAAUUAUAAGUGAUAACAAAACAUCGAACGUAAUUAUAAGUGAUAACAAUAAAAAAAUGAAAAUUGAUUUACUAUAAUUUAAGAAUGUUUUUAUCGUUGUAAAAAUGGUAAAAAUGAAUGAAGUUUAGAUUUCGCUACAAAUGGAAUACUAGUAUGAGACUAUGAAUUGAUAAUGAAACUAAUGAAAAAAAAUAUUUUUCUAAACAAAUUCAAUGUUUCAAAGGAUUGAAACAAUGUACGGAAAAAAUCUUGUUUUUUGGUAUUGUUGUGCGUUUUUGUUCGUCGUUUCGUCUUCGAAGCAACAGCAAAACUUGACAAAUGACAACAAGAAAGAUGAUUCGACAAUGCUUUAUGAACUAGAAACGAAUUCUGUAAAAAAUUAUACCAGCAUUAUUACAACAAUGCGAUAUAAUUUGGAUGACAAUUUUACUAAAGAUAUCCAUUAUGAUGACAUAAAAUAUGAGUAUAGCACUAUGAGUAACUUGCAGAAUAACGAUUCGAUGCGAAAUGAAUUUGCAACGCAUUUUAUAAAAAAUCAUAAGAAUGAUAAUAAUCAAAUACUGAUGGAGUCUCACCAGAGCACAAACUCAAGCGAGAUCGACGGCAAAGAAAACUUUACUUCACAUGAAAUUUAUGAAAACUGGAUGAAAAUCGAAGAUAAAAACGGUUCUACGUCGCACAAUUUUUUAAACAAAUUCAAUACAAAUAAUAAUAAAAAUAAUUUUGUUCCAUACGAAAUGUGCAACAAUAUUACCUGUAUUCAAGUAUGCUGUCCUCGUGACGAUCUGAUUAAAGAAAAAUGCGUUGCUGAAGAAAAUGAAUAUUAUUUUCUGAAUCUAUACAGAUAUAUAAACAAUUUGUUGCGUAAAAAAAAUAAAAAGGCGAACGAACUUUUUCGAUUGAUUAUUCGCGAUCCAUGCGAUGAAAUUGAACUAAGUUUUUCGCUUGAUUCAUACAAUAAUCACAUCAAAUACAUAGUUCUUGUUAAUGGUUCUUUAUAUUUUCCUUAUUAUAAAAUAUCGAUUGAACCAACAUUCUAUUGUGUGACCAUCGUGGACGAGAAUAAGUUUGAUAUAACAGUCUGUUCGAAAACUAUAAAGAAAUUUAUGAGAAAGGAAAUUAGUGAUCCUAAUAAUGCCGCAAGUCAGUUGGUAUAUAAAAUCAUGAUAUUUUGGAUUCUACGUGUCGUAUCCAUGCUGUUUUUGCUAAUAAUAUUUUUAGUAUAUUCUAUACUCCCAGAGCUUCGUAAUAUACACGGCUUUAUAUUGCGUAAUUACUGCGCUUUAAUGUUUGUUGCAUACAUAGCCGAUAUUAUGAACAAUCCAAUCAACUCGAUAUUUCUGGAGUAUCCUAUGUGUAUUACAAUUGCUUUAAUCUGUUAUUUCUGCUAUCUGGGAACCUGCUUUUGGUUAACUGUGAUGAGUUUUGAUAUGUGGUGGACAUUUAGAAGUUUUCGUUCUUUGCAAAGAAACAUAAAACAACGAGAGAGAAAGAAAUUGAUAAUAUAUUCCCUUUACGUAUGGGGAAGCCCUUUCAUUCUCACUGUAAUCUGUAUUAUCAUGAAUUUCGUUCCUAGCGUGUCGAAAAAUCUAAUUCAACCGAAACUUGGCAUCUUUAUUUGUUGGUUUAAUGAAGAGUGGGCGACUAUGCUGUAUUAUUGGCCACCCGCGCUUAUUUGUAUUUUUAGUAGCAUUUGCUUAUUUACUAUUACAGCAUUGAAAAUUGCACGUUAUGAGAAGGACAGAACCCAUCAUUUGAAAGAUUCGGAGAGCCGACUUUAUGAUGAAAAGAAAAAAUGGUUUAAAUUGUACUUGAAGUUGUUUAUCAUCGUGUUUAUUGUGAUGGGAAUAACCUGGUUUAUGGCGAUAUUAUCAUGGCAAUUUCCUUCGUCAAUAAAAUGGUAUCUCUUAUAUAUUGUAUAUUCAUUAGAUAUGAUGCAAAAUUUCGGUAUUUUUUUCAUAUUUGUGUGUAAGAAGACGAUCAAGCAGCAAUUGUUGAAGCGAUUCAGCUGUCAAAAUUGCAGUGUACUUCGAAAAACUGGACAAGCAGUAGAUGUUGUAGAUUCGACUAUCUGUUCCCCUACGUCAGAAACAAUUUCUUUUUCGAAAAAGAUCAACUUCUUUAAACAUUCAUAUCAUACAAAAAUUUGUCUGAUAAAAUAGAAACUGAUCUUUAAUAAAUAAUAAUUCGAAGAUUUAUUAUAUUAUAGCCUAGAAUAGAUAUCAAUUCAUUCAGUGUUGAUGUUUCAGCGUCAUUAAAAAGUAUGAAUAAUAUUAUAUGCAAUCUUAAAGGAAAAAUUAUUAUA